UGCACGGCCCCCAACACACAUCCCACAUAGUGGCCAUCUUGCGCCGUCUUCAUGGCACAACGUGUGGUACUUUCAUGGGCGCUCUUAGGGUCGAUAUGUGGCUCUCUGGCCGCCUAUUUACCCAAGCGUGACAAGACCAUUACUAUACCCGAUGGCGUCACGUACCAUCCUGAGUCGCAAGAUAUUUGCACGUCGACGGCGUGGACGGAUGUUGUCUCCUUUUUCUUGAGUAACUAUGUUUCCCAUGUCGCGACCGUUGUCAGGGUACCUGGUGAACCUCUUUACAUCACUGCGGCAAAUAUGUUCUUCGUUCUGUUAUUUCCUUGCCUUGGAGCUGGACGCGGCCUCGUCAUGAUAUACCAACGAGGAAGCUUCUACAAAGACCAGCUUCAGCAGGCUCUGAGAGCCCAAGCUCUGGUUAUGGUAGUUCGGGGCUCGAUGUGGGAGCCGCAAGCCGGAGACACUCUCCGUUCACUUACUUUGUACCCGCCAAGAGGGAUUCGACCUAAAUAUGCACUUUUCGGUGCAAGCGCGUACUGGCGGGCAGCCGUUUGUAAAAAUCGGAUCAAACCCCAUGUGGAAAAAUUUAAGGGAUAUACAGGCGACUUUUGGACUCAAGUUGCGCACCCGCCAUGGCUGAUCAUGAAUUACGGACUCACCAGUCAGCACGUCUUGGUGGAAAGAGGCUAUCAUGUCUCUGGGGUGUGCGAUCUGCCAGAAGGCUAUCGGCUUGCCUAUGUCCCGCCCAAUGCAAUGGUGGAGAAUGUUAUGCCAGAAGUCGAACUGGGCCGCAUUCUCCAGUCUUCGUUUAGCCUGGCUUCCACUGUCAUUUCUAUUGUUCAAAUGCUGUCAGCUUGUUCGGCCCUGUACCAAUCAAAAGGCUAUCAAGUAACUGCCUAUGGGUAUGCUGCAUUUGGAUUCACCGUGACCCCAUAUCUGGUCAUGUCCUUCGUGAAUUUGCUCGCCAAUUGCUUUACUCCGACGUAUUCAAAUGUACAUCUCGUUCACACAGAGAUCAUGGAAGAGGCAGUAAGGCGUGGCGGUCGUUUCACUGAUAUUGUUGGCAAAUUGGAGAGUGAGCCGCUGCUCGUUGAGGACUUGACAGUAUUCAGUGCUACAUUCGAGCGGAACAACGACGACGAUGACGACAUUCUCUGCCGGAUCGGAGAUAGGGUACUGGAAGAUGGGAGCAUUGAGCCCAUUCCCGACGGUACUUCAACGCCCGAAUCAGCCGGCGAGAAUUCUGUCCACGGGAGUACAUCGGUUUUGUCAGCUCCGGCUGAUCUCCCAGAGAUAACUUCACCUCCAGUCGAAGAUAUACAGAAGCAAGAAGUACAAUCAAAGCAGGACCGCAGCAGCGAACGGUCAUCAAACGAGAAUUCCGAUCCUAUUUUGAUUAUUCCCAGUUGCUACAACUUCAAGCUAUCCUACUCAAACACCUCGUCCAUGAGCAUCCUCAACAUCAAUAAACAUUAUGGCCCGCGAGAAUGGAUAAUCUCUGGCCUGACCGUGAUAGUGGCUUCCUUGCCCUUGAUCGCAAUCGGGGUAAUGUCAAAAUUUCAACCAGGAGGUAGCACAGUGUCCCAGAGAGCAUGGCUCAUGGCUUGGUAUGCUGUAGGAAUUGUGUCUGUCCAGAAUCCGUGGUAUACAGACAGGAUGAUCGAGCUAGGUUAUUAUGGCACCCGCGGUUUCAUCGAGGAAAGAAGAGAAUAUAGCCGUCUCUAUCAAGCCUGGUUUUUCUUAUUCAGGCUAAUUUCUAUAUUGCCCGUGGUUUUGCCUAUUGUACCGGCUGUUGGUGGUUUCGUUGUUGUUGGGCAAAUGCUGAUUUCGUAUGGAUCCUGCACCGAACUCUGAGUGCGGAAAUCAAAAUGAUCUUCGGAAUUAUGGGCUUAUUGACUGUCCCAAAUUGGUUGGUUAUCAAGACUCUUUCCCUCACAUUAGGGCGUUGAGCCUGGGGGUUUCAUAACAUGACGCUUCUUUAGAAAAUAGUGAAGACUGCAAUAUCAUACUGCUUCAGCUGAAAUGAGAAUCUACCACUCUUCUUGGCCGGAAGCUUGGUAACG